CCUAAAUUUCUUAGAAACCCUAAAUCUUCGCUAAUUGUUUAUGCCCAUUCUGCCCUCCCAUAAAAACCGUUAGAGAUAUUCCUAGGGUUUGCAUUUGCGGUUUGGGGUAUAGGGUUUUAGACAACGCCAAAUCUUUGGAUUUGAGGAAUGGCGACUGCGACGGGACAGGUGAACGCGAAGAGAAAGCCGGUGUUCGUGAAAGUGGAGGAUUUGAAGCCCGGUACUAGUGGGCACACUUUGAUCGUCAAAGUGGUGGAGAUGACCCCAGUCAAGACUUCCGCCAGGCCCAACAGGUCCCGUGCCCUCCUUUCUCGACCUGUCCCUCCGGCCCGGAUCGCUGAGUGCGUCGUUGGGGACGAGACUGGCACCAUCAUCUUCACCGCACGCAACGAACAAGUUGAUCUUAUGACAAAAGGUGCAACCGUGAUUUUACGUAAUGCUAAGAUUGUUAUGUUCAAGCGAACAACAAUGAGGUUAGCAGUUGACAAAUGGGGACGGAUCGAGGUAACGGAACCUGCUAAAUUCGCAGUUAAAGAAGAUAACAAUCUUUCUUUAGUUGAAUAUGAGCUUGUUACUGUUCCUGACCAGGGCAUGAAUUAGGGGCUUUGUUUAAUGUGAGUGAAUGAUUGAAUAUAUAUAUAUUUCUAGGAAGUUAAUACUUUUUAAAAAGUAACCGUUGGGCUUGAUUCUUGGCUUGGUAUUGUGUCAUGAUCAGUCCUUUGAGAUUGCGGUAGUACUUAUUAGUAUUGGACAUAUUUCAUUGUGAAAUCGAGUUUGAUUCUCUUUUGCUUCUUGUUUAUGUUAUGACUAUCAUCAGCUUAAAGUUGAAAAAGUUAAAUGCAAUAAGAAAGCUGUUGUUCA